AUGCCUUGCAGACAUUCUCGUCAGAUUGGGUAUCUCCUCUUUGGGACAAUAUAUCUCGGAGCAAGCUUGAAGAACUCCGUAAUGGCUGCCACUGCUAUAGUUUCAGGAGAAAAUGCGCAUAAAAACGGGCGAGUCCCUGUUGCCAGGUACAUGUUCUGGGGUACGAGGGGCGCGGUCAUGGACCAGCUAAAGUUGACGAUCAUGCCGUUGAGACAGUUGUCCCGCUUGGACGUCCCUGUGCACGAUGCUAACGUUCUGCAGGCUCUGGAGGUCGUUUCAUCAUGUGCCAGAUCCAGUGUUGCUUGA